AUGAGGCUUGGACUUCGCGUUGUUCGUGGACCUGCCUGGAGAUACGGCGACCAGGACGGAGGCGAAGGUCAUGUUGGCACAGUGGUAGAAAUAGGUGGGCAGAACUUGCCUACACCUGAGCAAUGUGUGACAGUGUCCUGGGACACGGGGACAAAGAAGGUGUAUCGGGUCGGCCACCAGAAAGCGUACGAUCUGCUGGCUUACGACAACGGACCUUGUGGUGAGUACUAGGCUUCAGAUGGUGUAAAAAAAUAAUGAUAAUAAUAAUAAUUGUAUGCCAACUACAUUGAGCGCAUGCGUAGUAUUGAACAGAUCUUUGUGAAUAUUGAAUAAAGUUUACAUGGUUCAUGUGAUCUGACGGUGGAUACUAAUUAAAUAACAUGGACAGAAAAAUUUAAAAGAAAUCUCCACUGACUUACUGAUUUAGUGAUUAACUAAUUAUAAGAGUUAUAUUUCAAUGAACAUUGUAGUUUUAAUAAAUUUUAAUAGAAAUUAUAAAUGGCAAUUCAAAAUGAAAAUACAUUUUAAUACAGUUCAUUUUGUAAAACCUGUUUUCUAUACCGUGUUAUUUCUUGUUUUGUUUUUGUCUUGUCUCCUGAAGAAGGCUCUUAGCCAGACAAUUAUCUUUUGUAUUGCCCUGUCUUUCUAUUUCAAGCUUGCCAUGCCUUGUUCUAGUAUUUACAUUUUAGUUAGGUUAGCAUCAUCUCCUCUAGGUAAUUUUAAAGUUUGUUUAAAAAGUGUGUUAGGAGAUAAAAAUCUUUAAAAUCUAUUUCUAAUUAUCCUAACAUAUUUUUAAAAAAAAUGAUGUUGUAUGUUAUUAUAGAGGAAUAAUUGAAAAAUUAUUCUCUUAGUCACAAGAACUCCAUCAUAAAAUAAUUACAUUUUCUUAAUGAAGCAAAUACUAAUUGAUAUUCAUUUCAAAGAAACGUAUGUUUGAAACCUUAUCACAGGUGUCUUCCACCCUAACACCGUGUGCAGUGGCUGCGAGGAAAACGGUAUUGAAGGAUUCAGGUGGAAGUGCUCAGAGUGUGAAGAGGUCAACUUGUGCUCAUCCUGCUACCACUCAAAUAAACACAGCACUUCUCACCCUUUUCUAAGAUUUGACAACCGUUCGUCUGUUGGGUGGGUUGCAUGUGUGUGACAUGCACUGCAUUUAUUUAAUAAUUACUGUGAUGUAUCUAUAUUAUCAAAUGCAACAUACAUCACAUCAAUAAAUAUACAGCGUGGGCCAAUAAAAGUGAGAACAUAUCAUAAAAUCUAGGGCAACGUUUCAUUGACAGAAGCAUAAACGAGUGGCGUCGAUGCUUCGAAAAAGUUGUUGAGAAGCAAGGAGGACACAUUGAACAUGAUUUCUAAUUAGCUAAAUAUUUUGCACAAAAAAAAUUCCAUGAAGAAUUAUAAUUAAUUAAAUUAUAUUUUGAAAUAACUCAUAUGCUACGAGAUGUUCUCACUUUUAUUGGCCCACCCUUCACAUAUUUUGACUCAGAUAUGAUUUGCCUGAUAAACCGUUUAUAGAUUAUAACUAGUUUCGUAUGAUAAGAACAUUCAGAUAUAUUCAAGGUAUACCAAGGAAAAGUGUUAAUGCAUGAAACAAACUUUAUCCAGAGUAUCCAAGGGUGGGGGAGUUCGCCCUUUCAAUCAUUCUUGCAACAGUUGGUCCAUUUGAAAUACUCGCACCAUACUUGUUCUGUUAUAAAUGUAACAUUACGAAACCAAUAUUUAUUUGGUUUAAUCAUAUUAAGUCAGUUUAUUUUUUUUAUUUUGCUUAACCACUGUUAUAUGUUUUAUAUUAUUUAAAACUUACAUACCAACAUCAGCGAUGUCUAAAUCUCCACAGCGUGGCCUGCAAAAAACGUAACGACUGCAGCUCUGAAAGAUGCCGAGCCCUGGGCAUUUUCGUUGGGGCCACCGUUCGCCGAGGACCAGACUGGGAAUGGAAAGACCAGGAUGGUGAGCCUCGUAGUGAAAUUUUCUCAAAGGAUUUAUUUAAAAAUCUACUAUAAGAAUCAAAAGAACUGCAGCUACCAUGUAUCCUUAAACUGAUAGAACAUCAGCUCUGUCAUAGGUAAAUCAUUGGAUCCAUUUCAUUCGUAUCGGGUUCAUAUCAUUUUAACAGGGUUAAUUUUUUAGCAUACCUUCAUGAAGCCGAAGAUAUAGAUUGUAUGUAAGUAAACAUGAAAAUGGGAAAAGAAAACUCUAAUACUAAAGCCAUCUUAAAAUAAAUAAACAAUAUUCUCUUUCCAAAAAAAACUAUAUAUAUUAAAAAAUUUUAAAAAGUUUUCAUUGUUGAAAUAAAGUGUUUAAAUUUGAGUUAAUCCCACUUUGCCUUAGGGCCUGUCAAGGAAGGAACAGUUAUACAAAUAUCCAACUGGCUUAAGUCUUUCCGAGGCCAAAUCAAGGUGUCGUGGACAGGCGGCUCCACUUACUCCUAUAGAUUAGGUGUUGAUGGCAAGCUGGAUCUGUCGUGUGUCGUUCCAAGCCAAGGAGACUACUAUUACAAGAGCCAUCUGCCCAUUGUUGGUAGGUCCCGAUACAAUUUUAUUGGAAUUCAAUUGAGAAAUUUAACCUGUAAUUGAAAUUAAUAAUUAAUUAUCAUAGAUGAACGUGCUUAUUUACAAAUGUUUUUUUGCUCUCGGGAGAAAAAAAAUACAUGCAUUGAGGGUUAUCUUUAUCUGAGCUCUCCAAUCAUUAACAUUUUCUGUGUUCUACUUACUACUAUGGGGAUUUAGAGCGAUAUAUAUUACUAAAAUCAAAGGCAAUAAUUUAAGAAGUUUACUCAUACCUUAGCACAUUCCUGAAAGUGAACAAGGAUAAUGAGAAACAAUUAUAUAUAUAUAUAUAUAUAUAUAUAUAUAUAUAUAUAUAUAUAUGUAUACACAUCUUUUUUUCUCUAUAGACUCUAUUUCACAUAUGUGUAUCUUCAUAUUUCUUUUAGCACAUUCCUGAAAGUGAACAAAGAUAAUGAGAAACAAUUAUAUAUAUAUAUAUAUAUAUAUAUAUAUAUAUAUGUAUACAAAUCAUUUGUUCUCUAAAGACUACAUUUCACAUAUGUGCAUCAUCAUAUUUCUAAACGGAGAGAUCGUGAUAUAAAAAAUUAAUGAUCUGAAGAAACAAUGAGUACGUUUUAAAAAAAAAAAUCCUUUGGAUUAACUUCGCUUUUGUUCGUGUGUUUCUGGCUGGGUGAGAACUAUCUUCUGACGGCUAGUCGACCCACUUCCCGUUAUCCUAUCGAGCUAAAACUUGGCAAAUAGACUUGUCAUUCACAACACAUUUUUUUUUAAAUUUUCAGCCCCACCCUACUACUCCGACCCCAAAAUCAGUUUUUCCUCUUUAUUUUAGGGACAUAGGUACAUAUGACGUCAUUGAUUUCACAAAUAAUAUUCCUGAUAACUGAGAUUCUUUUUAAUAUAUAUAUAUAUAUAUCGCAAGUGUGUUUGGUGCGUAAUAUUUGCUACUUACGUUCGUUUAAUUAAAGUCGGAUUUGGACCUGGUGUGUCGUCCACGAGAAGCACAACACCGUUUUACAAGCUACGAUAGAAAAUUGUGCAAAUUGGAAUGUUAUACGUUCUAUUACAAAUGUCUGUGCUUUUUAAAUCUUAAUAUUUUUAUAGUGAAAUGUCGUGAGCCGUGAGGUUUAAAGCGAUGAAGAUUCGCCUUUGGAUAAUGACACAUAUAUGUUAGUUUUAUUCUCAAAUCUUAACAAAAUGUGUGUGUUUGUCAGGGGUGCAAGUUUUGCAAGUCUUAGAACCGUCUCUCAUUUGUGGAUAUUUUCGAUUGCACGCCAUGAUUUCGAUACAAAAAAUUGUUUUAAGUGAAGUUAGCCUUCAAUCAUGUUACAACCAGUCGUGAGAAAAAAAAAACAUUUUAAAAUCAUUUCCCAUCGUUCCAAAGUCACCUUACAGUUACGUAAUGCUGCAUUGACAGGUGCAAACAAUUUAUUUGUACACUAUACAGUUCAUAUUUUUUACAUAACUAAAAAUUAUGACGAAUAAAAAUCAGAUUUAAAAGUAUGAGGGAUCAGGCCUACUUUUUUCUUCUUUUUUUUCCUUCUUUCUUUAAAAUGGAUACUUUUUAUUUUUAACCAAUAUAUUUUUUUUUGUGCCAAAGGUCAAAUGAAUGACGAAGAAACAGAUUCCAGCCUAGACUUGUCAUCUUCACUUUCAAUGCUACAAGUCGACGGGGAUGACCUGGCGAGUCUGUUGAUGCUAGAACUACUUGGGGACGGUGUAAGAUAAUAGUGUUUUUUUUUCCUCUUAAACUAUACAGCUACACAUUUAAUGGCGAAACAACUUUCGUUCAAAAUUCAUCCGCAUUGAAAUUAAUUUCACUUUUAACCUGAUCUUAAAGAUUAAAAAAAAAAAAAAAAAUAAAUUAAAAUGUUAAAAAGCAAAAACAAAAACAAUUUGGGGACGGUGUAAGAUAAUAGUUUUUUUUUUUCCUCUUAAAAUAUACAGCUACACAUUUAAUGGCGAAACAACUUUCGUUCAAAAUUCAUCCGCAAUGAAAAUAAUUUCACUUUUAACCUGAUCUUAAAGAUUAAAAAAAAAAAAAAAACUAACUUAAAAUGUUAAAUGGCCGACACACAAACAACUUAAAAAUUGUUUAGCGUUUAAUCUUAAACCAUUUAACAAGCUGAAGUGUUUGGAACAGUUUCAAUCAAACAUGUAAUUCAUUCAUAGAAUGUGUAUGUUCUUUCUUGUUGUUGAGUUGAUUGAUUCGCAAGAGAUUAAUUCUAAUGGACGAAAAGCGUAUACGUCACCAAAAGAAACAUUGGUUCAUUAAUAUAGUCAGUGUCCGCCCUAUAAAAUUUGGUUCUGUAGGCAAGAACAAUAAAUGCCACACUUCACUAGUCAAUCGUGAUGGAGAAAAAACAAAACAAAAAAUAGCCAAAUACAGUUUUUGUUUAGUAAAAAGAAAUAAAAGUUAUUUUUCUUUGUUGUUUGAAGCAUAAAAUCAAAUGAUAAAAAUAGAAAUUAAUACAAUUUAUAAGUGUCCCAAUUUACAAUUAUUGAAAUUAAAUUGGAAACGGACAGCAUUUGAUUGUUGAUAUCUGAAUUUGCUUACCCAAAGACAGAAGUGGGAAAUUUCCAGGUUUGACUUUUAAAUAUGAAGACGAAAUGUAUCGUGGGGGAAAUCAUUGAACACGAAAAUUUUUAUUUCUUUGAAAUCAAAAAAGUUAUUCAAAUUUUUCAGAAAGUAUUUUCAAACAAGUUCCCAAAAAAUUGUGACAUAAAUUAAGAAGGAUCAUCAUUUUCAUUUAGAAAACUGACAUUUUAAAAGUGGUUAAAAUCAGCCUUCUUUAUUUCAUCUAGGAGAAAGUUUCAUUUCAACUUGAGUUCUUAACAUUUUGAACUUGACCUCAGAUUAUUUCCGUGGCCCUUUUUUAAAUUAUUUAAUUCUGAUAUUCAAUAACAAUAAUAAGCGACCUAGCAAAGCUUUGUAAUUAAAUAUUAAUUGCUCUCAUUUUUGUGUUUAAAGCUACUUGAUUCAGUGACCGCCAAGUCCAAGGAGACACAAUAUCUGAGGAUCGGGUUCAGGGUAGUCCGGGGUCCAGACUGGAUCUGGGGUAAUCAGGAUAAGAGUGAAGGUCACCUGGCGACAGUUGUUGACAUCGGCGGUUGUGACAAAGUCAACAUUCCGGAUAAGUGCGUAGCCGCUCUGUGGGACUGUGGCUCAAGAGAUAUUUACAGAGCAGGGGCUGCCGGUGGUUUUGAUUUGAGAAUCUUUGACACGGCUCCUUGUGGUAUGAGUUAGACAUGAAUCCGUAAAUUAUCAAUAAUUUGAUUUUAAAUGUUAAUCCAUUACUAGGUUUAAUAUAUAUAUAUACAUAUAAAAAUAUAUACAUUAUUUUGUAUCUAAACGCAUAGUUAAUAUUUACAGCGAAAUAAAGCUAUAAACAAAGAAUAAUGUGACGUUCCUGUUGGUAAUAAUCAACAAUUUUAAUUAGACAUUGAAAUACAAUAUACUGCGUUGUGUAUAUUAAGAAAAUGUUAGGAUCGAUGUGUUGCCCUCUUGACACAGGCAUUCAACACAGUUCAGUCAGCUGCUCGUCGUGCAAGGUGCCACGCAUCCAGGGCAUGAGAUGGCAGUGUCAGGUUUGCGCUGGUGUCAACCUGUGCUCGGCGUGCUACGGGGAUGAUCAGCAUGACGUCGACCACGCUUUUUGGAGAGUGGAUAACGCCUCCAGCAAACAGUAAUCAAGUAGUCUUAUUACAUGUACUGUUUUUAUUUGAUAGUUCUUUGUAACCCUCAUCGCCGCACCCGAGCUGCCGCCAAUGUGGGCACUUGCUCGCCGUGUACCCGAUAAGAACGAGAAGCGGGGCAGUGAACCCUCCAGUAGCUUACGUCGAAAGUCUGAUUUACGGCAAUCUGCAGCAGAUUCUGCACGCCUGUAUGUGAUUGCUGGGGCCAUAAAAGAGCAUUUGCUCGGCUCCGAAAAGAUCAUGAAUAUUUUAAUGUUCUACUAUGGCCAGUAGAUCUACGGAGAAGAAGGUGUGGGAAAAUUUCUGAGUAUCCAUAAAACAUCUCGGCUUUGAUUAGCAUUUGGCUUUUGCGGAUAUCUGACACAAACUGCAAUAGGCAGAUGUAGCAAAUAAUGUAAAAUCAAUAUCUUUUCUUUUUAAGAAAGGGUCGGAGUUGAAAUGUGUAAUUUUGUAAUUUUAAUUUACAAUAUCAAGGCAUUAACAUAUUCAACCCCCAUUUUUUAUCUUGUAAAUAUUCCAGAGAAGUUCCUAGGCGAAGGGGAAGCAAGAAGGUCCAAGCCAUGGGCAUCUUCAAAGACGCAACAGUCAUUCGCGGUCAUGACUGGCGAUGGGGUAACCAAGAUGGUGAGUAAAUCUCCUUGAACACUAUGUAUUUGUAUGUCGGAACAUGUGCUAGUUAAAUUUACUUUUCUUUUUCUCUCCAGCAACUCAUCCAAUAAGUGCGACAAUUUUAAAAUAUUUAAUUACAAUCCUGUAGCAUUAAUCGUUUUUAUAAGACUUCGAUUCAAGACAAAUUGACGUAUAACUUUACAAUUAUACAAUUUGUGUAAGUCUAUAAGUUUAUUAUAUCAUUACAUAAAAAAUAUCAUCAAAAUAAAUUAUCUGGUUUUUGUGUUACCACUCAAGAUCAUUCGAUUUAUUGUGCUGAUUGAUUUUCUUGCUUUAUAUCAUACGUUAUUUAUUAUUUUAGUAUUAAAUUUGACAAAAUAUUGAUCGCUUCGAUAUUUUUUUUUUAAAUACUCAUAAAAAAGCUUCAGUCCUACACGAAAGUAAAAAUAAAUACUCAAUUCUCUUCAAUGGCUCAAUUUUAUUUUAAUUGAUAAAUGGUGAUAGCAUUUGCAUUUAUUUAAAAAAAUUAAGAACUGUUUUAUAAGUUAGAAUUGUCAUAACACUCUGGUCUUUGCUGGUGACCAGCUUUUAUUUUUAAGAGCAUUGGGACGAUCCCAAGGUUUAAAUGUUUACAAGAAUGGUUUUUGAAUCUGGUUUUUUUUUUUUUACAUGAGAAAUGUUUACCUUUUCAUUGGUACUUUAACAAAGUGGUAUUGAGAGGGAACUAUGAUUUACGUGGAGCCUAAUAACGCGUUUGAAGCAUUGUUCCGGUAUAUUGUCUAGUAAAACUUUUAUUUUAGUUGCCUUAACUUUCGGUUAAUAUGUGGUGUAUUGUUCUCUGUCACAGGGGGUGUAGGCCACCAGGGCCGUGUUCUGUCCAUCGAUGAAUGGAACAAAAACUCUGGCAGGAGCAAGGCAGACGUUGAAUGGAGGCCUGGGGCAAAGAACUCCUACCGUGUCGGUCAUGAUGGGAAAAUGGACCUUACGUGUGUUAAGGUGGCAGCGGGGUGGUUCUAUUAUGUUGACCAUUUACCACUUCUAGGUUGGUUGAUGGACGAAGCUGAUUUUAAAUUAAGUUUAUUUACAAUCACGUGUGAAACAUCUGAUCAAAUUAUAGUAGAAUGACACGUUUGUUCCUGUUUGGCCUGCUGAUUAUUAAAGGACAAGCACAAACCCACCCUCUCACCAACACACGUACACACACACAAAGCGCUUUGAGCAUGCUAUCGAGACAAACUCUAUGCAUGUAAUCAAUCAUCAUCCUAUUAUUGUAUUUUUAAAAAAAUGAAAUAAUGUUAUCUUAAUUUUUUUAAAGUAUAUUUUUGUGCUUUUUAAAUUUUUUUUAUGCACUAACAAAGUAAGUGUGCAUGUGUAGUAAAUAUAAUAGUGUGCAAAAAAAUUAUUACGGAGUUUAGUUAGCGUCCUCGCUGUUAAUUUGAAUAGUAAAUAUUAGUGUAACAGAAGCCCGUCACGUGAUUUGCUUGUACAAGAGGUCAAUAAACAACCGGCGCACCACACAAAAGAAUAAACAUAAAUAACGAUAAUACUCAUCAAGAAACAACUAACCACAACGUGCUGUGAUAUUCUUUACAGGUCAAGUGGAAGGUAUCACAUCCUGCUUUGAGGUCGGAGAGCACGUUAAAAGCGAAACUGAACUGUACCGGCUCAAGGAGCUGCAGGAUGGCCAUGGGGGGAUCUCUCUGGACAUGAUAUCGGUAAAUAUUUCUUUUUAGAACGAUAACAAAACAGCAAAGGAAUAAAAUAGUACAACUUAGGUAUGUUGUGGCUUGAAACAACAAAGGAAUAAAAUAGUAGAACUUAGGUAUGUUGUGGCUUGAAACAACAAAGGAAUAAAAUAGUAGAACUUAGGUAUGUUGUGGCUUGAAACAACAAAGGAAUAAAAUAGUACAACUUAGGUAUGUUGUGGCUUGAAACAACAAAGGAAUAAAAUAGUAGAACUUAGGUAUGUUGUGGCUUGAAACAACAAAGGAAUAAAAUAGUAGAACUUAGGUAUGUUGUGGCUUGAAACAACAAAGGAAUAAAAUAGUACAACUUAGGUAUGUUGUGGCUUGAAACAACAAAGGCGGUCUCAAAAGUCGUUUUACCGUGCUCUGUUUCUUGUCGUAGUUUCAUUUUUGUCAGUUCCCCGAAGAAGGCUCUAAGCCGAAACGUUCACAUCUUAUUGUCCUGUCUUUUGUUUGAAACUUCCACAUGUCUAUAUUCUACUAUUUCAUGCACACAGCCUGGAUACACAUGCCUAUAUUCUACUAUUUCAUGCACAUAGCCUGGAUGCACAUGCCUAUAUUCUACUAUUUCAUGCACACAGCUUGGAUGCAGUCCUUCAUUUAUUAUCUUUUACAAAGGCAUCAGUCACUUACUUUUCACUUCUUUUUAUCAAAGUUUUCUUUUAAAACUAAUAAUAUAGUAGGUAUUGCUAUCAAACCUUACAAAAGUAGUACAUCUUGAGUAAAGACAACAAACUUUAAAAAAUAUAUAUAAAAACACAACACAAUAAUGCAUGCACAUGCUUUCCUCUUCCAGCACAACAUCGGAAAUCACAAGAAAAUUAAACAGCCGCCAACAACACCACCCAUCCCCCCCCCCCAACUUGCAAAAAGAAAUUUAAAAAUGAAGAAAAUAUUAUAAUAAAAUGUCAAAUUAAACUUCCCGGGUGUAUAACGUUUAGAAAAUGGAUAAGUCUGAAAGGAUUAUAGAAGAAAUAUAUCGUCUAAAAAUGUUGGCAUUGAGCAUUAGCGGAAGUUAAAAUGUCCAAAUUGAAUAUAAAAAUAAAAUGAAAAUUUAAAAAGUAGAUUGAAGAUCAUCAUUUAAAAAAAAAAGGAUUUGCUAAAGUCCAUAGGACGAUAUGGAAUUCUAAAAUUAGAAUUCAGUUAUACUAAUAAAUGCCAGUGCGAGAAAGAUACAUUAAACGCUCUUAUUUUGAGUAUCUCCGUUCAAAGCACAUGAAAGGGAAAACUCUUUUCUUCAAUAUUCCGAAGAUGCUCACGAAAUCUAUUAGUCAAUAUUCUGCACGGCACACUUUUUUUUUUUUUUAUUAAGAGAAAGAUCUCCAGAAUACAAUCCACUGAUUCAUGUUACAGCUAAUUUUAAGAUGAGUCGCUCAGAAACCGUAUGAUGCCCGUGGUAUCUGUCAUCUCGAAAUAGGCUUUAAGCUCAAAGAUUUAAGCAUAGCAUUUUUACUAAUGCAUUUAAAAUUAUGGACAGUUUAAAGGACAUUACAUAAGUUGCAAAUCUACAUUAUUUUGGUGAUUUUAUUUCGGUUUCAUUUCUUUAAGGUUGUGGCAGUAUUUUCGAUUUACAAUAAUCAAAGAUAGAUAUACUUUUUUGGUUCAUUAAGAAGAUCAGCAGGUGAUGUCUUGUAAAAUUCCUGUCUAAGUGCUAAAAAACAUUGCCUUUUUUUAAUUUACAUACUUUAAAGUUUCAAAUUAUUUUACAUAUCAUAAUUGUAUUUAUUAGGAAGAAAUGUAUGGCUACAAUUAAUCUGAUUUUUUUUCGUAAAAUUACGUCAAUUACUCGAAGCACCUGAACAAAGUUGGAACAGUGUGUGGUUUCGACAGCGAUGGUGACGUAUUGGUCAAAUUUGGAGACAGCAGUGCAUAUCACUUUAACCCGGAAGCGUUAUCUAAGGUA